AUGUCGCCCCUCUGUCUAGUCCCGGAACCUCGGGUCCUCGGAGCCUGGGCUUCCUCGGAGAAAGAAGCCUUUGCGCCGGCCCGGAGACCCGCAUCCGCGCCGCCACAGCCGCCGCGCCGCCACGUCCUGUUACCCUUCAAACUCCUUCUGUAUUCGGAGAGAUCUGAGCCAUCGGGCCAGGCGCCCAGCUGCGCUGUGGGGACCAAGCGGCCCGGUCGCCCCCACAUGCCCGGCGGCCUCCUCCGAGCGGCGGACCGCACCUGCCCCCAGGCCGGCCCCAGUACCAGCUUUGCACCUGGAAAGGGCCCCAAGCGCCUUUGCUUCCUCCGCCAUUUUAAAUCCAGCUCCAUACAACGCUCCGCCACCGCUGCUGCCGCAACGCGGGCUGUGCGCCCGCACCCCACGGCCGACAACUCCGCCACCAUGGAGGACGUGAACAAGUACAGCAACAUAGAGGAAUUCGCAGAGGGAUCCAAGAUCAACGCGAGCAAGAAUCAGCAGGAUGACGGUAAAAUGUUUAUUGGAGGCUUGAGCUGGGAUACGAGCAAGAAAGAUCUGACUGAAUAUUUGUCUCGAUUUGGGGAAGUUGUAGACUGUACAAUAAAAACAGAUCCAGUGACUGGAAGAUCAAGAGGAUUUGGAUUUGUGCUUUUCCCCAAAGAUGCUGCUAGUGUUGAUAAGGUUUUGGAACUGAAAGAACACAAAUUGGAUGGCAAAUUGAUAGACCCCAAAAGGGCUAACGUUUUAAAAGGGAAAGAACCCCCCAAAAAGGUUUUUGUGGGUGGAUUGAGCCCAGAUACUUCUGAAGAACAAAUUAAAGAAUAUUUUGGAGCCUUUGGAGAGAUUGAAAAUACUGAACUUCCCAUGGAUACAAAAACAAAUGAAAGAAGAGGAUUUUGUUUCAUUACAUAUACAGACGAAGAGCCAGUAAAGAAAUUGUUAGAAAGCAGAUAUCAUCAAAUUGGUUCUGGGAAGUGUGAAAUCAAAGUUGCACAACCCAAAGAGGUAUACAGGCAUCAACAGCAACAACAAAAAGGAGGAAGAGGUGCUGCAGCUGGUGGACGACGUGGUACUAGGGGUCGUGGACGAGGUCAGGGCCAAAACUGGAACCAAGGAUUUAAUAACUGUUAUGAUCAAGGAUGUGGAAAUUACAAUAGUGCCUAUGGUGGUGAUCAAAACUGUAGUGGCUAUGGCGGCUAUGAUUAUACCGGGUAUAACUAUGGGAAGUAUGGAUAUGGACAGGGAUAUGCAGACUACAGUGGGCAACAGAGCGCUUACGGCAAGGCGUCUCGAGGGGGUGGCAAUCACCAAAACAAUUACCAGCCAUACUAAAGGAGGAUGUUGGAGAAAACAGCGGGAACUUCAUUGCAGGCCGUGUGUCACCCUGACCACGUCUAUCUCUGGGGGUCGCACGUUGCGGGCAGAGCGCAAGGCAUACACCAGAAAACGCUGUCCUGUGGAGGAGAUUGCUAAAGUUAACCCAUCUUGCAGGACGACAUUGAAGAUUGGUCUUCUGUUGAUCUAAGAUGAUUAUUUUGUAAAAGACUUUCUAGUGUACAAGACACAACUGUCCAACUGUAUAUAGCCGCCAAUUAGUUUUCUUUGUUUUUACUUUGUCUUUUGCUAUCUGUGUUAUGACUCGAUGUGGAUUUGUGUUUAUACAAAUUUUAUUUGUAUGAUUCCAUGUUAAACCUCAAAUAAAUGCUUCCUUAUGUGAUUGUUAAAAAAAAA